GAAUAAUUAAUUACCGACAAUUAUUAAAUAAUAAAGUUGUUGAUUGCCGUUUAUUCCAUAAAUUAAAGGAUGGCUGAAAAAGUAUUUAUUCGCGGGCGCCAAAUCCUCAGAAUUCCAACAAUUUACUAUCCAAGAGUUUUUAUGAGUAGUCAAAGCCGCAAAGUAAUUUGCAACAGAGAAAUUGUAGGGUACGGCUUUAACGGAGAACCCAACUAUGUAGACAGACCUGACUACCCGAUGCCUGCAAUUCGUUGGAAGGAGACUACGCCACAAAUAUUUGCCCUACGUCAGAAAGAAAAAGGCGACUGGAAUAAAUUGACGCUUGCGGAGAAGAAAGCCUUGUACAGAGCGUCUUUCUGUCAGACAUAUGCAGAAUUCCUCGCCCCCACUGGCGAAUGGAAAUCUGUAAUUGGAAUGGCAUUUCUGGGUGUUACUGUAGCUUUGUGGGUGUAUUACGGGAUAAAGAUAUGCACUCUUAACCUGGUACCUGAUACAUUCUCUCCCGAGAAUCGAGAGGCUCAAUUGAGACGCAUUAUUGAUUUACAAAUAAAUCCCAUACAGGGUAUCGCAUCAAAGUGGGAUUACUGCAAGGAUGAUUGGAAGAAGUAAAUUUAUAGAGCAUUCGUCGAUGGAUGGACCUUUUCUAUUUAUAAGCAAAAUAAUUGUUUUUCUUCUGUUCUGUAAUAAAUUGUU